AUGUUAUUGUCGGAUGAAAUCAAGGAGUCCCCCUAUUUCAAGGGUGACUCCCAAGAGCCCGAUAUGCAGAACACCGAUGUGCAAAAAUCUGAAGUUGAAGACCACUACGAGGUAUUCAAAAAGGGGGAUGGCCAAGUUGAUUUCCGCACCGUGAGCUGGAUCAGGGCGAGUGUGAUCUUUUUGAAGAUCAUCUUUGCGACUGGCGUGCUUUCUAUCCCAUCGCUGAUGUACGAACUGGGCGCUUUCCCCGGCGCGGUUAAUGUCGUGGGCUGGACCCUCCUGAACACCUAUUGCGCCAUUGUGCAAGGCAAUUUUCGCAAUCGUUACCCGGGCUGCCACUCCAUCGCCGAUAUGGCACAGGUCGUUGGUGGACCGAUCUUGAAGGAGGUGGUCGGUUUCCUUUUCACGGUUAGCUAUGUGAUUGUGGCUGCGUCCGGCAUCAUCGGCGUCUCGACUGCCUUCAAUGCAUUGUCACUGCACUCCAUCUGCACUGUCUGGUUCUCGUUCAUUGCCACCAUCAUCAUUGCCGGGUGUGCGAGUGUGCGCAAAUUCUCUCAUAUUGGGUGGCUCACCUGGGUUGGGUUUGCCAGUAUCUAUAUUGCUGUUUUCAUCAUUGUGAUUGGUGUAACCACAAGAGAUCGCCCUGCUGCAGCACCCCAGACAGGAGAUUUCGAUCUUGGGUACAGGGCAAUCGGUAACCCCAACUUCACCACGGGGAUUUCGGCUGCGGCCACGAUCUUCGUGUCGAGUGCCGCAACCUCGGCGUUCCUCCCCGUCAUCUCGGAGAUGCGCAAGCCCAAAGACUAUCCCAAAGCGGUCUACAUGAGUAUGAGCCUGGUGACAGCAUCCUACCUGACCUUUAGCCUGGUGAUCUACGCCUGGUGCGGUAAGUGGAUCGCAUCCCCAUCACUCGGUAGCGCAGGCACUACUGUCAAGCGCGUGGCCUACGGUAUCGCGCUGCCAGGUCUGAUCAUCAGCGGUUGCCUGUACGUGCAUGUCGCAGCCAAGUACCUGUUUGUGCGGAUUCUGCGCAAUUCGCGCCAUCUGCAGGCGAAUACUGUGGUGCACUGGGGGACUUGGCUCAGUUGCACCAUCGGGAUGGCUGCCAUUUCCUUUAUUCUAGCAUGUGCCAUUCCCAUUUUCAAUUAUGUUUUGGCCCUGGUGGGCGCGCUCUGCUUCGCGCCGCUGGCCAUCUGUCUGCCAGGUUGGCUAUGGGUAUCCAGCCAUGGUGAGUAUCUGAAGGGGAAUGUACUGCGCAAAGCUACGUACGGGCUACAUAUCAUGUUGAUCUUAUUGGGCCUGUUCAUGACCGUCGGGGGAACGUACGGUGUGAUCGUCCAGAUCAACGAAGCAUAUCGCGAUGGGCAGAUUUCAUCGGCCUUUUCGUGUGCAGACAACAGCGGAUCAACCAGCUCUUGA